AUGAAUAAUCCGAUUCAAUCUACUGAGCUUCCAAAGCAAACAGUUCAACAGGUUAUGAGCCAAUUAAAUUCUGGCCUCAUGGUCAUUGAUACUCUUCUUCUCAGAGGCCGUGAGAACUUUCUGGAAUGGAAAGACUGGAUGACUGGUAUGUUCAGUAGCUGUGUCUUGGCUACAGAGAUUGCUGCUUAUCUUUCAGAGAAAGAACUUUCCAUCACCUUUACGGACCAGCAGGCGUUGAGCCACAAGCUCCGUGAGCUUAUUCUCAAGUGUAUGAAGCCUGACGUUCAGUCAUUGUUCACGCACUACUCUCUGGGAGUCGAAACUUGGAAAGCUGUCGAAACCAAGUAUGCGAUCGCCAGCUCUAGGGAUGCGGUCGGUUAUCUCAAGUACUUAUUUGGUGGCCUUGCUGAUCCGACCAUUACGACUGAAGCUGGGUUCUUGAUUGCUGAAAAGUUGACUGCGUUUAUGACUAAGUACGAUAACGACUCCAUGAAAGCGCUCCUCUUCCUUUAUGGUACGGGGAACUCCAAGGUUAGAGAUCUAUUCUUUUCUCAAGUUCGCCUGACUCCCACCGUGACUGCGGACGAAGUUCUCAAUUUCUUUGCUUAUCAUGAUGAGCUUACUCCACCUGCCACGUCCUCCGCCUUGCUUGUCCUGUCCUCGUCUCAAUCUGCUUAUGCCCUUACGUCCUUGUCUUCUCCUUCUGGUCCUGUCACCAGGAACUUGAUCAAGGCUAAAGGUACGGAUCUGAUUUGGCAGCUUGAUUGCUACAACUGCUAUGGGUGUGGUCACAUGGCCAAGAACUGCCCUGCUCCUUAUCGUGAGGGUGAAGUUCCUCGUAUGGCUUCUCGCUUCGGUCCUGGCGGUCCAGGAAAGCACCGCAGGAGGCACGGCUCUCGUCCAAAGCCUGCUGCUCAUUAUGCUCUCGCUGAUGAUGCUCUGACUUUUGGUUUUGACCAGCCCGGUGCUUAUUAUGCUCAUCUCGCUCACUACACCCACUAUGCCCUCUUGGCUUCUUCUUCCUCUGCCAGCUUUAUUUUUGAUUCAGGUGCUUCUACCCACAUUUGUAACGAUAGAAGUCUCUUCCAUGACAUCGUUCCUCACUCUGGUUCUGUCAUGAACGCCGGUCACGAGCCUCUCUCGAUUGCCGGUCGUGGUACUCUUGUGUUUGAUCUCCAUGGUCAGAAGAUUCGGGUGUUCAAUGUUCUUUACGUUCCUGACUGUACUCAGAAUCUUCUUUCCAUCCUGGCUGUUACUACUACGGGCGACAAGCUUGUUAUCUCUCAUGAUGAUAUUGUUCACCCUAAAUAUGGCCAACUUGCUACCAGAGACCUGAGAAAUCUUUACUUGCUGUGUCUCGAAAUUGUCCGCCCCUCGACUGUCUCGCGGGUUAACCACUCUGCCUACUCGGCCCCCGCUCCUGUUACGGUCGCUGCUCCUGCUGCGGACGCUGGUGUGGCACCUAUUUCUGCCUCUGCUCUUGUCCAUGCUCGCCUUGGCCACCCUUCCCCGACUGUCGUUCGUCUGGCCUUGAAAUAUCCGAACAUGCCUCGCACGGCUGUUCACGACUCGAUUUCAUGUGAAGCAUGUCUUAGCUCCAAGAGCACUCGGGUUAUUCCCAAAACGACCACCGGCCCAGUCACAUCUGCUCCCUUGCAACUUCUUCACUGUGAUUUGUCCGGUCCUCAUGCCGGUGGUCCCUCCUCGUUGUUUUAUUUUUGUAUUCUUCUUGACGACUUUACUCGCUUCAAGGCUGUUGGGCCUCUUCUCAAGAAAUCGGAUGCUGCGGACUUCAUUAUCAAAGUUAUUAAGGCAUGGACAAACCACUUCUCCAGUCGUGGUGGCUACCGUGUCUGUAACUUUCGUUCUGACAAUGGAGGUGAGUUUGUUAAUCUGACGCUUACUUCAUUCUUUGCGGCAGAAGGGAUCCAGACCCAGCUCACUGUGCCUGGUAACUCACACCAAAAUGGACGUGCUGAAAGAGCGAUUCGCUCCGUUCUUGACAAAACGCGUACCAUGAUCACUGCGAGCUCUCUUCCUUCGCCCCUCUUCCCGCAUGCACUCCAACAUGCUGCAUUUCUCCUAAACAGGCUACCAACACCUGUUCUCCAAAAUCGCUCGCCAUUUGAACUCUGGCAUGGCGCGAGGCCUAUCUUAUCUCAACUUAAAGUGUUUGGGUGUGCUGCCUUUGUGAAUGUUCCACCCAAUCACCGUCAACUGAAGUUGGUCGCUCGUGCAAUCAAGGGUGUUUAUCUUGGAUCUGAUCCGUUUCGGAAAGCUCAUCUUGUUUAUGAUCUCGCUACCAGACAAGUGAUUACCUCUUCUCAUGUUCGGUUCCAGGAAAAUGUCUUUCCUUUUGCAAGACCUCUGACGUCUACUGUCGUGUCGGCUACCUCCAUUGGUGGUGGUGGUAGUGGUGGUGGCAGUUUUCCUUCUAUUCUGGCACCUGCUCCAGGCCUCACUCAGGGUCCUCGUGUGUCUCUGGCCCCAUCUCCCUCGCCUCCAUCCACGCCAUCUGGCAGUACUGUUUCUCAAUCGCCAGGUUCAUCUGCAGCUCUGUCGUCUGCUUCGGCACCGGUCUCUCCUGCUGCAUCUACUACUCCUCUGUCGCAGCCUCCGUCGACUCCUACUCCGGCGCCUGCUUCUACUCCGGUACCUUCUUCUGCUCCGGUACCUUCUUCUGCUCCGGUACCUUCUUCUGCUCCGGUACCUUCUGCUACUCUGGUACCUUCUGAUACUCUGGUACCUUCUACUUCUGCGGCCCUAACUGCACCAUCCCGUGCCGUUGUUCUGGCUCAGAGGUCCGAUCUGCCUCCCUCUGACUCCUACGAGCUGUCUGACGACUCCUAUACAGCUCCUGCUUCUCGUGAGGUACCAACUCUUACUGCUCCUCGUACGGUACCAUCCCUUCCUGCUCCUCGUAAGGUACCCUCCCUUCCUUCAACUCGUAAGGUGCCAUCUCUUCCUUCUACUCGUACGGUACCUUCACUUCCAGCACCUCGUACAGUACCCUCCCUUCUUCCUGUUCCUCGCAAUAGACCAUCUGCUCCUACUGCUCCUCUCGGUCUUCCUCAUCCUGCGGUUGAGGCUCCAUCCCCUAUCCCUGGAUCUUCAUCAGCCAUACCCAUGGAAAUAGACUCUACGGAUACUGAGCCUGAACCUAUGUCUGAAGAUGGCUAUGACAUGGAAGUGGUCUCUGAUCAGGAAUUCUUCGAUGCUCCUGAGCAAUACGGUACUCAUCCCCGUUCGUCACCUUUGAUCUCCACGCGCUCCUCUAUGGAUGUUCUGCUGGAUCAGGAAGAAUAUCCAGAUCCGUCCACCUAUAUGGACAUCGUGGUGAUGGAUUCGGAUGACCUUUCUUCUUAUCAUGACUCGGAAAUGGAGGAUGCCUCCGACAUGGAUCCCCUUCCGCUUAUUCGUCCUACUUCUAAUAUGGAAAUGGAGGACACCUCCGUCACUUAUCCUCUGCCGCUCACUCGUCAUACUCCUACUACGCAGACUGUGGUGUCCUCCACUCCUCCACCUCCUCCUCAACCACUGCCUCGGGUCGUUCAAUCCGACUCUCCACAAUCCUCUCCUAUUAUUGAGGUUCCUGAUUCUCCCCCACUUCAAUCUCGUCCUCAGCAAUUCCUCCUCCCUCCGGGUCUUUCUCCUACUCGUCUCAUUGAGUUGCCUGCUUCAGGGGGGAUGGAACUCAUCCUAUCGCUGACUGACCGUGCCUUGGUCCCUCUGAAUUCUGAGGCCAACAACAAACUAACUCAUCUUGUUGUAUCGCGUCCUCCUCCGGUGAAUGGGGUUAAGCAUAAACUCACCCCGGUUCCGUCGCGUGAUGGAACACAUCCACAAACACUCAAGCGGGCACACAGACCAAUACUUGUUCCAACACGGUCACAGAGACAACAGGACAAUCAAAAUUUGAUCAACUAUCCACAGAGACAACAAAUUGAGUACAUCACCACCGAUACAGUGCAUUUAUGGUCACCAUAA